CAGUCGCGGGGUUCCUCCGCGCGCCGGCCCCGGUGCCUCCGCCCAUGCCUAGUGGCCUAGAGCUUGGCGGCGGCUGGGGACCGUGCCGCGGGGCUGCCCUCUGUACGCUGUUGCCGCCUUCUCUCGUGGAUCGCCCUGCACAGUGACCCUAGCGGCUCCGGAGUGCACGAGACUCGGCUCUUGUCUCCCCCAAGGCCGGUGUUCUCCCCGGCUGUGACUUCUUUUGGACAACUCAUGAUAUUUAUUAUUGUGCCAAGUUUCUACAAAUAAAAGAUGGGUGGAUUAUUUUCUCGAUGGAGGGCAAAACCUUCAACAGUAGAAGUUCUAGAAAAUAUAGAUAAGGAAAUUCAAGCAUUGGAAGAAUUUAGAGAAAAAAAUCAGAGAUUGCAAAAAUUAUGGGUUGGAAGAUUAAUUAUCUAUUCUUCAAUUCUUUAUCUGUUUACAUGUUUAAUUGUGUACUUGUGGUAUCUUCCUGAUGAAUUUAUAGCAAGACUUGUCAUGACACUCCCAUUCUUUGCUUUUCCUUUGAUCAUCUGGACAUUAAGAACUGUGCUUAUUUUCUUCUUUUCCAAGAGAACAGAGAGAAAUAAUGAAGCAUUGGAUGAUUUAAAAUCCCAGAAGAAAAAGAUACUUGAAGAAGUCAUGGAAAAAGAAACUUAUAAGACAGCAAAAUUAAUUCUUGAAAGGUUUGAUCCAGACUCAAAGAAAGCAAAGGAGUUUGAGCCGCCAUCUGCUGGAGCAGCUGCAACUGCAAAGCCAGGACAAGAGAUUCGUCAGCGAACUGCAGCUCAAAGAAACCUUUCCCCAGCACCAGCAAACUCUAAUCAGGGUCCUCCUCCACAAGUUCCAGUAUCUCCUGGGCCAUCAAAGGACGCUUCAGCUCCUGGGGGACCGCCAGAAAGGACUGUUGCUCCAGCCUUACCCAGGCGCCUUGGAUCCCCUGCUACUUCAGUUCCUGGAAUGGGCCUUCAUCCUCCAGGCCCACCUUUAGCAAGACCCGUUCUCCCUCGAGAACGAGGUGCUCUGGAUAGAAUUGUUGAAUAUUUAGUUGGUGAUGGUCCACAGAACAGGUACGCCCUCAUAUGUCAGCAGUGUUUUUCUCACAAUGGUAUGGCUUUGAAGGAAGAAUUUGAAUAUAUUGCUUUUCGAUGUGCCUACUGUUUUUUCUUGAAUCCUGCAAGAAAAACGAGACCUCAAGCCCCACGGCUUCCAGAGUUUAGUUUUGAGAAGAGGCAGGCAGUAGAAGGCUCAAGUUCAACUGGUCCCAUGUUACUAGAAAGUGUGCCCUCACCAGAAAACCAGCUCACUGAAGACUCUUUAGAAGAACAAGAUGAUCUUGAUAAUAGUACUGAGCAGAAAGAUGACAAAAUACCAGUUACAGAGCAGACAAACCAAGUGAUUGAAGAAACAUCUGGUCCAGAGGGGCCAGAAGAGAACCAAGAAGAGACUGAGAACGAGGAAACAUCGACAAAUGAAGCCAAGUCACCUGUUCUCAGAUCUGAUUCUGUUUCUAAUCUUGAACUGAGUGAAGACUCUGUGGUGACAAAGUAGUAAAUACUUCCCUGUGCCUUCAACUGGAUAUUUGUAGUCGCGUUGACGUCAGUUACUGCUUUUUUUGUGGUACUCAAGAAAAAUUUGCUCUCUAGAUAUACAUUUAAUAUUCAUAAUGAGAUUGCCCUGCAAGUUCAGUGUAUCCCAGCCCUACCAUUAGGUAUUAAAAGUAAAAGCACAUGGUAUCAGUUAAUGUGCAGAGACAUGGCUGAUAGAUGCUUUGUGCAUUCUAAAGUUUAAAAAGAAAUUUGUUGUCUACACGUAUAACCUGUAAAUAAUACCAGUUUUGACAUAGGAAUAAAUUUGGCUAGGAAUAAUUUUUUCCAUGGUGUUUAAGGAUUGAAACAUAAUUAAGAUUUUGAAUACUUCACCAGUAAAUUUUGACUUUGGAGAUAUUUGCCAGUGGGAAGGAAAUAUCUAUUUAGGUGUUUACAUUAAGUGAUGCUGAAAGCUGUAACCUUAAUUACAUAUGCAUUGGUACGAUUCUCAAUAAGAACGCAACUCAACAGUCAAGUGCAGUAUUUCUUUGAUGUCUUUUAUUUUACAACUGGGCCAAAGGCACAUGAUGUAUAUAGUUAGUUUAUGUUUACAUAUUAAUAGGAAAUACAUCUGCACUUGACUGUACUUGAAUUCUUGGUAUUAUUUAUAUUUGUAAUAUAAUGAUGAUAUAUAAAUGGCCUUUAUAUGUGUGUGUGUGUAUGUUUUGUUAAGGAAAAUAAAGACGACCUGGCAGCGUCUUUUCUUUGUUAAAUCUCUAGACUUUCUCACAUAGUGUCUUGAUGGAUAACUUGGCUAUCUGAAAAAACAGUUUGGUAGGGAGAAGUCCCUGUGUGAUAACUAUAUAACCAAUUAUGUUCUUCUUUUCAUUUAGACUUUCAAAAUCGGUGACAUAAGAGGUUUAGUGUUUCUAAUCAGAAGUUAAAUUUUUCUGAUUUUGAAACAUAUUAUGUCAUAGGUAGUUUCUAACUUUGAGAGAAAUAGAUACAGUUUUGAAGACAAGGCAGUUAAAUUUAAUGAAACUCACUAGAUAUGUAUACCAAUCAUCAGGUGGGAAGAUUCUUGAUGUAACUAUUCUUAAACAUAAUAUGACAAUUUGUCCUAGCUUCCUUUAUGUGUCUUAUAUUGAAACAGCUGAUGUGAAUUUACAUCAUAGGGGAGACAUGUUACGAUAGUGUAUCUGGCUAAUCUUUUGGCUAUUGAAUGUUUAUUUAAACUAAAUAUACUUAUCAUUUAAAAGUUUAUAUUUAUAAUUUAAUAUUUCGUCUGACAUAUAUAAAAGAACCCUGUUUGUUACUAUUCUGAGGCAUUUUAGUUUGGUGCCCAUAAAUUCAAGCAUGUGGAACUGGACUUGAAUGUCAGCUUUGCACUCUUGGGCAAACUUCUCUGCAUUUAUUUAAUUUAAUCUGUAAAGUGAAAAGAAUAAUAUGUUUUCCAUAGGUACUGGGAAGUUAAAAAUAAUUUAUAUGAUGUGCCUAGCUUUCUUGCUGGAUAAUUAAUAGAUAGUAGGUUUCAUGGUAGAAUUUAUUACUAUUAUUAUGGAUGGGCCAUAGAUCAUUUCUUUGGUAGAUAAGCAAUUAAAGAAAACUAUGAACAUUCAAUUCAGUUGCUCUGAACAGAAAAUUUCUGCAUUAAUGUCAUAUGCAUGUGUCAAUGAUAGAUUAAAGAGAUGGAGAACUGAAACUAGAAUAUAAUCUUCUAAAAAA